AUGGAAUUUAGAGAGCCUAUUGAUGAAUUUAAUAAAGAACAAGAUAACAGAAAAGAGGAAGGAAAUACUAAAUUUAAGAUUAAAAAAGGAAAUAAUAUUGAGACACAAAGUAAAAUCAAGAAAUAAAUAGUUAGUUACAUAGGAUGA